AUGAGCCCUCUCAGAGGGAGAUCGCCGAACACGAGGCGAUGGGACACGCGACUUACCGCAGCUGGUGUCGCGUGUGUAUUGCGGCAAAGGGCCAAGGCCAGCCGCAUCUCCGCGCCGGAGGACGACGAGACAGCGGUGCCGGUGGUCUCGUCCGACUACGCCUUCAUGGGCCAGGACGACGCGGACACCAUGCCGAUGCUGGUCCUUAGGGAUCGGCGCUCGAAGAUGAUGGCGGCGACAUUCGUGGAGAAGAAGGGCGACGACGCCUACGCCAUCAAGUUCUUCGCACGCUUCUUGCGGAUCCUGGGCUACAGGAAGAUCGUCAACAAGUCCGACGGCGAGCCGGCGAUCCUGCUGGUCAAGAGGCGUGCGGUGGAGGAGGUUCCUGGCCUCGAGGCCAUUCCCCAGGAGUCGGCACCGGCCGAUCAUCAGGCCAAUGGGGAGAUUGAGGUCACGGUGCGCGAGAUCAAGAAGCAGGUGCGGGCGCUCAAGAUGGACCUGGAGUCCAAGCUGGGCGUCAAGGUGGAGGACAAGCACCCGGUGCUAGCGCACCUGCCGGAGCACGCCGCAUCGGUAAUCAACCGAUACCGGCGCGGCCAGGACGGCAAGACCGCUCUUCAGCGGCUCACGGGACGGCAGUGGAGGAAGCCGGUCCCGCUCUUCGGCGAACGCUUGAUGGCGCGGUUCGCCGGGGAACGCGUGAGGAAGAACGCGCUGGAGGAGCAGAUGGUGGAGGCUCGCUACAUCGGCCACCACCCGCGCGACAGCUCGAUGAUGGUCAUCACGAGCGACGGCGUGAAGAAGGCGGUCGGCUUCCGCAGCCUGCCGCAGAGCGAGAAGUGGAUCACGGCGGGCUGGGAUGGCCUGAAGGGCCUGCCGUGGGACGUGGCUCCGCGUGCGGCAAGCGCGCCGCGGGCCAUCGUCGGACCUGGAGAGGUCGGUCCGUCACCAAUUGUGGUGGUGUCGCCGCAGCCGCAGGCGCCGAGGAGGAUGUACGUCCUCAAGGCGGACAUCGAGCGGCUGGGCGCAACGCCGGGAUGCCCAGGGUGCGUCUCGAUCGCUAAGCACGGCCGGGUGCUGGCUGGCCACGCGCACAACGCGGUGUGCAGCAAGAGGAUCUUCGAAGCGCUGGACGCGGAGGAGGCAGGCCGGGAGAGGACCGGCCAGUAUCGAGAGCGGAGGCAGGGCCAAGAGGCCAGAGUCCGACCGGCGGCAUCGGCCGCGGCAGGGACCCCUCCGCCGAAGACGGCUCGGAGGAUCACCGAGCCGGUGGCAGCGGCGGCAGCGGCAUCGGCCGCGCCGGCCGCGACCCGCUCGGCAGCAGCGCCAGCCGUGGCAGCCACGGCGGCGCGCCUGCGAGAGAGCCAGCCGGUAGCACCGGGCUUCGGCGUGGCGGCUCCUUCAGGAGGAGCGAGCUCCAGUUCGGGAGCGGCGCGAGCGGCAGAGGCCGCCGCGGAUGUCGACAUGACCGCGGCUAGGUCGCGGCUGAAGCGCUCGGCAGAGGUGGCCCCGGAUGAUGUGCCGGAGGCCCUCGAGCGCGGUGAUCCACAGCCGGCAGACGUGCCGGUACCGGUGGACAUGGAGGAUCUCGCGGCGCAGCCGGCGCCGGCGGAAGGACCUCAGCUGCCAGCUGGAGUGGCAGUCGUGUGGAACGCCAGUGAGGGGAGGCACAUGCGGGUGCUCGCCCUCGAUGCGGCGUCGAUCGAGCUGGUUGAGCUCGGAGUGCUGACGAGAGCGAAGGCGGAGUUGCUCCCGCUCGUUCGCGAACAGGUCAGCGGCCAUUGGGCCAGCGCCGGCGUGGACAUCGCCGACGAGGAGGUGGACAGCAUCGCCCUAUCGGCGUUGCAGCUGGGCGCCGUGGACGUGGCCGAGGUGCACUCGCCACAUCGGUUCUCGGCUCGGGCAGCGGAAUUUCAGCUGCGCCCGGGCUUCGCGGCGGACCUGGAGGAACUCAAGGAGGACGGGACGCCGUGGGACUUGCGGCGCCCCGAAGAUGUCAAGGAGCUCGAGAAGCAGCAGGAGCGGAUGGAUCCCAUCCUGCUCACGGGGUCCCCUCCAUGCGAGAAGUUCAGCUUGCUGAGGGGCCUGAGCGCCAAGUUCAGGACCGAUGAGCAGGAGGCGGCUGAGAUGGAGGAGGCCAGACACCACCUGAAGGUGGCAGUCGACGCCUACUGGCGUCAGCUCAGGAAGCCAGGCAGGUACUUCUUGCAUGAGCAUCCCUGGAGCGCGCGAUCGUGGAAUGAGGACAUCGUCAAGGAGCUGGUCGCGCAUCCAGGAGUCUUCACGGUCAAAGGCCCCAUGUGUCGGUGGGGCAUGAAGCUCACGAACCCCCGCAAUGGCCAGGAGGAGUUCGUGCGCAAGGAGACCGGAUGGGUCACCAACCAUCCAGGCCUAGCCCGGAGGCUGCAGGGCACUUGCAGCAAUGUGGACGGCCGCGCGGAAUGGCAUCGCCACAUCACGCUCGUGGGCGGCAUCGCGCGGUUCGCGAAGGUCUAUCCACCGAAGUUGGUGGAGGCGGUGCUGGAGGAGCUCAAGGACACGCUGAAUGACGUGGGAGAGCUCAGCACCGCCCAGGUGCAGCAGUCGGGCCCAGUCCCUGUGGACGCGGCAGUGCCGCCCGGGGACUGGACGAGUUACUGGGACGACGUCAAUGGCGGCUACCUGGAGGCGGGCCUUGUGGCCCAGGCUCGCACGGUCGAGCGCGAGUGGGUCAAGAAGCAGGAGCUGAUCGAGAUCGUCCCGAGGUCUCAGGAGUCGCUUCGCAAGAAGGGCAGGAAGCCGGGCAACUUCAAGAUCGGCUUCUUCGACAUCAGCAGGGCGCACUUCUACGGGAAGGCGCAGCGGAGGAUCUUCGUGGAGCUGGAGGAGGAGAGUCGCAAGGAGUACGGCGAGGACAAGUGCGGCCUACUCCUCAAGUCCUGGUACGGCACGCAGGACGCCAGCAAGAUCUGGCAGGGCGACUACACGGAGCUGCUGGAGGAAAACGGCUACAAGGCGGGCGUGUCGUGCCCAGCGGUCUUCUACAAGGAGGUGGACGAGACGAGGCUGCUGGGGCACGGCGACGACUUCGCGGUGCUGGCUCAGCAGCAGGACAUCGACAGCUUCGAGGCCACGCUGGGCAAGAAGUACGAGUUCAAGAAGACUGCGAACCUAGGCUUCGACGAGGGCGAUGACAAGCAGGCGGUCUUCCUGAAUCGGGUCAUCGAGGUCAGUGCGGGAGUUCCGCCUGGCGGUGGCCGGCCUUGCCGGCAUGCGAUGAUCGAGCCGGAUAAGCGGCACGCGGAGAUCGUGAUCGACGAGUUGGGUCUCAGCAAGGCCAACGGCGUGGACACGCCGACGGAGAAGCGCAGCGCCGACAAGCAGAUGAUGGAUGCGAAGUCGGCGGCGUUGGGAGCAGCGGAAGCUUCGCGCUUCCGAUCCCUCACCAUGAGGGUGGCCUACCUGUCUCAGGACAGGCUGGACUUGGCUGAGGCAUCGAAGACGCUCGCCAGGUCCAUGCAGACGCCAACGGAGGCGAGCUGGCUCAUGCUCAAGAGGGUUGGCCGCUACCUCAAGCGGCAUCCUAGCACGGUGACGGUUUUCACGGAGCAGAAGACGUUCGACAAGAUCCGGGUGUACGUGGACUCCGAUCAUGCAGGCUGUGCAGUCACGCGGAAGAGCACCGGAGGCUUCGUGGCGAUGCUGGGGCAUCAUGUAGUCAAGCACGGCAGUAACCUGCAGUCGACGGUUUCAUUGAGCAGCGGGGAGAGCGAGUACUACGCCCUGGUGAAGGGCGGGAGCGUGGGCCUAGGCCUUCACAGCCUCUUCGCAGAUUGGGGGCUGGACCUGAAGGUGGAGCUUGCCUCGGACUCAUCGGCGGCCCGGGGCCACGUCCAACGGCGAGGUCUCGGGAAGAUGCGACAUGUUCAAUCACGAUACUUGUGGAUCCAGGAGCGUGUUGGCAAGGGCGACCUCUCGAUCGCCGCAGUUCCUGGCAAGAACAAUGUCGCGGACGUGCUGACCAAGAGCGUGGGUGGCUCCCUUUUGAGGAGACACAUGGCUACGCUGAACAUCUGGGAUCGGGCACCGAGCUCGAACCAGAAGGACAUCAAGUGA